GGCGGGGCGUUUGGCCGUUUCCGGGAUAGAGGAAAGCGGUUCGUCUGAAAGACAGCAGUUGGGCGAAGCUCGGGCUCGUCGGCGGUGGCGGCUGUGAUGUACCACAGCAGCACGCAGAGGCGCUACUGGACUUUCCGCGGCGAGGAGGAAUUGUCCCGCAGGCGCUCUGACGCCAACCGCAAGUUCAGAUGCAAAGCGGUGGCCAAUGGGAAGGUUCAACAGACAGACUCAUUUCUUCUUGACCAACAUGAAGAGCUGAUAAUUUGUAAAUAUUAUGAAAAAAGAUUAGCAGACUUUUGCUCUGUAUUUAAACCAGCAAUGCCCAAAUCUGUUGGGGGUACAGCAUGCAUGUAUUUCAAACGUUUUUACCUCAAUAACUCAGUAAUGGAAUAUCAUCCCCGGAUAAUUAUGUUAACGUGUGCAUUCUUGGCUUGUAAAGUAGAUGAAUUUAAUGUAUCUAGUGCACAAUUUGUUGGUAACCUUCGUGAGAGCCCAGCAGGACAGGAGAAGACAUUGGAACAGAUCUUGGAAUAUGAAUUACUACUUAUUCAGCAGCUGAAUUUCCACCUUAUAGUACAUAACCCUUACAGACCAUUUGAAGGGCUAUUGAUUGAUUUGAAGACCCGUUAUCAAUUGCUUGAAAAUCCUGAGACAUUGAGGAAGACAGCAGAUGAUUUUCUUAAUCGGGUAUCUUUGACAGAUGCCUGCCUUCUAUUUACACCUUCUCAGAUAGCUCUUACCGCUAUGGUAUCAAGUGCAUCCAGGUCAGGAUUUAAUAUGGAAAGUUACUUAUCAGGAACCCUGAUGCUCAAAGAGAAUAAAACAUCCCUUUCGCAGUUGCUGGAUGGAAUGAAAUUAGGCAUGAAAAAUCUGGUAAAAAAAUAUGAGCUACCACAUCCUGAAGAGGUUGCUGUUUUAAAACAGAAGUUAGAAAAAUGUCACAGUUCAGAACUUGCUCUUAAUACAAAUACGAAAAAGAGAAAAGGCUAUGAAGGUGAUGAAUUCAUCUCAAAAAAGUCUAGAAUGGAGGAGGAUGAAUGGACAGAUGAUGAUUUCAUGGACUGAUCUAGCUACAUUCCUAAUAGAAAAUAAAAUCUGAAUUAAUAUACAUUGGAAAUAACCCCAGGCAGCAUGUUGUACAACUUGUCAUUCAUCAGAAAAUUAUAUAUUUAUAUAAUAAAAAUUUUUUUACAA